CCUUGCCAGACCCGCGUCACAUACUAGGCAAUAUCCCGACUCUUCAUGCUGCCGCAACACCAUCGAGCGAUCUGCUCAACCACACCCCUACACUGCACGCGCACUGCGGGCCAACACAAGACCGCCUGUCCCAGUCGACGACAGCGCAUCGAAGCCCGGGCGCACCUUCCGUCCUCCCCAUCGCCAGGCAGCACCUUUCACAGCUUCCGCAGACAUCGCGACGGAGUCGAUAGACCGCGACAACCGAUCCUUGCGCUUCGUCCCGGACCAUGAAGCAUCUCCAGACACCGCACGCGCUCAGCAUCGGCCGCGCAGCAGACUAGACGUUCGUCAUAAUGAGCUCUAGCGGAACCUCUGCGUCGGGCGCCUGGCCGCCCUCGCGUCCCUCUAAGCGAAGCAAACUUCGAAAUGGCACCUUCAUCAUCCCAAGCACGGGCGAGCGAUCCCGCCGACAAUUCACCUUGCGCGCCUCGAGCGACAUCCCCCCGAACGGCAACGAAUAUGGCCGCGCAGCAGCAAGCCCUCCCAGCCCGGACGGAGGCCCAGUGCACACUGCCGUUGACACGAUGAAGAGGCGCGUUGUCGAGGCGUAUGAUUGGGUCAACUCGGACGCCGGCCAUCAAGUACUCAAGUGCACGCUGGCCUACCUGCUCGGGAGCUUGGGCACCUUCUGGCCUGCCUUGUCCAACUUCCUCGGCCAUCGCGAUGGCAAACACAUCGUUGCAACGUUGACGGUAUACUUUCACCCGGCCCGUACGGCUGGUUCUAUGCUGGAGGCGGUCUUGAUUGCCAUUGCCGCCGUCGCAUAUGCCGUAACCGUCAGCGUACUCUCCAUGGCGGCGGCCAUCGCGUCGCGCAAGAGCACAGGCUCGACGGUCCCCGCACACGUCACUGUGCUCCUCAUCUUCGUGGGUGGCGGCUUGGGUUUUGUCGGUUGGGUCAAGCAGAGGCUUAACCAGCCCCUGGUCAACACCGCUUCUACUCUCGCGUCCAUGGCCAUCAUCACCGUCAUCACCAAGGAGCAGUCAGUGCAGGACGGCUACUUCUCCGGCGAUAAGAUCUUGCAGGUGCUCAAGAUGUUGCUCCUCGGCAUCACUUUUACCGUGGCCGUGAACCUGCUCAUCUGGCGGGUGUCGGCGAGGCACAACCUACGGCGCUCCAUCGUCACCGCCUCGGCGUGCCUGAGUGACAAGAUCUCAUUCAUCACCAGGGGCUUUCUCAACGGAUCCGAUGAGGAGGUCAACUCCCUCGACUACAGUAGGAUGAGGGAUUGCUACAACUCGACAUACGCGCGCAUGUCUGAGGGUCUCCGCGAAGCGAAGCUGGAAUACUACUUUCUGGGUCGCGAGAAGGUGUACAGGCUGGACAAGAAGCUCUACAAAUCGGUAGAGGCACUCUCGGCCGCCAUUGGAGGCCUUCGCAGCGCGCUAAAUACGCAACUGACACUGCUCAAGGAGGCGCCAAGCUUGGGAGACCGAACGGGAUCAAUAUCGUCGAUUCUACCACCCGUUUUCUCGCCGCGCACAACGCGUGCGGUAUCUGGAUUCUUCGACGAGGACCGAGAGCCGCUGUCAGUCAUAGAAGAGGACGACGAUGAGCCGCGUGGGCUCGUCCAGUCGCAGUCUGACCCGUCCUUGGACAAAUGCCCCGCGUUUCGCGCGCCGUCCGAUAUAUUUGCUCUUUUCAUGGCCCUGCUCGGGCCGUCCAUGAAAUCGCUCGCCUACACAUUGUCAGAAAUUCUGCGUGAGUCACCUUUUGAUCCGCAAGACAUGAAUAGAGUCACGACCAACGAUCAGCUUCGCGAAAGCCUGCGAGACGCCAUUAACCUGUACAACAAUGCUCGGGCAAAUGCGCUGCAGGAGCUAUACAAGAACAUAGAGAUGGGGCGCUCCAGGUCUGAAAAGAUACAGGCGGACAUUGAGGAGGUUGCCGCGGCGUGUGGUCACUUUUCCUUUACGCUGAUGGCCGUGGCGGACGAGCUCGACUCGUAUCUGGAUGUGGUGGAGGACCUUCAGCACGUCACUGAGACCCAGGAUCGCAGCUGGGAAUUCCUCAAGAUCUGGAACUAUUGGUCGCCGUUCCGCAGAAAGGGGCACCGAGCAGACCCUGAGUACGAGGCACUUCUGAGCAAAAAGCCACAGCCGAUUAAGAAGUCGGCCGUGCCAAAAGGCAUCCCGGAAUCGAUGGUGAAGCGCAGGGAUUCUUUCAAUUGGGAUGCGGCGCCGCAGUCCAGCACACUCGUCAGGCGCAUAUCGGAAAAGAUUUUGAUCGUCAUGCGCUUCUUUACGCGCGAGGACGUCACGUUUGGCAUCAAGGUCGGCAUUGGAGCGGUGGUAUGGGCCAUGUUCGCCUUCAUCCACGACACAAGACCCAUGUACCAGCACUGGAGAGGCGAAUGGGGCCUGCUGUCAUACAUGAUUGUCGUCGGCAUGACGACGGGCGCCUCCAACACAACGUCGACGGCGCGUCUCCUCGGUACGAUCAUUGGAGCGGCCUGUGCCGUCGUGUCGUGGCUCGUCAGCCAGGGCAAUCCCUACCUCCUCGCACUGUUCGGCUGGCUCCUUGCGUGCUGGAACUUUUACCUCAUUCUUGUCCUCAAGAAUGCGCCCCUGGGCCGCAUCUCCCUGCUCGCGUACAACGUCAUCGUCCUUUACGCCUAUAGCCUGUCACAGGACGUCGACGAUGACGACGAUGACGAGGGCGGGAAGAAUCCGCUCAUCUUCGACAUCACGUACCACCGAGUGGUGGCCGUCGUGCUUGGCAUCUUGUGGGGUAUGAUCAUCUGUCGCUUGCUGUGGCCCAUCUCCGGCCGGCUCAAAUUCAAGGAAGGGCUAUCAGUGCUCUAUUUGCAGUUGGGGCUCAUUUGGAAGCGUGGCCCCCUGAGCGUCUUGCUUGAGAACGAUAACACGCAGGACUACUUGCAGGAAGAGGAGCAAACUGCUCUGCGUCGCUACGCGUUGAAACUCGAGUCGCUUCGCAACUCAGCCAAGUCCGAGUUCGAGUUGCGCGGACCGUUCCCGCACGAGGCGUACGGGCGCGUCAUGCACUCCACCAGGCACAUCCUCGACGGCUUCUACGCCAUGCGCCUCAUCACCCAGCGCCGCCUGACCCUCUCCGCCGGCGAGCGCGCUCUCCUGGCCUCCACCGCCGAGGAGCGUGUCCGCCUAUGCCAGCGCAUCUGCCACAUCUUCGAGGUCCUCGCCUCGAGCCUCAUGCUCGAGUACCCGCUCACCGACGCGAUCCCCACCAUCGAGAACACCAAGGACCGCCUGCUCGGCAAGAUCCACCGCUUCCGCAAGGACCACAUGGUGGCCGGGCUGCGCGGUGGUGGGGGCGGCGGUGGCGACGGAGAUGGAGAUGGCCAAGCUGCGAGCGCCAGCGGAGGCACCAUUGCCGCCGCCCGCACUGGCGAAGACGUUGUCGGGACGGUGAGGACGGACGGGGUCGUCGUCGAUGAGAGGGACUACGCGCUGCUGUACGCGUACACGCUCGUGACGGCGCAGGUGGCUGAGGAGCUCAAAAAUGUGCAGAACGAGAUUGAGGCGCUGUUCGGAGUGCUGCACCCGGAGGAGCUGUUGCUCGAGUACACGUGAGGCCUCUGUCUCUCACUUUCUCCCUUCCUCUUUUGGCUCUUCGCCCUCCACAUUUCUUUCCCCAUCUACAUGGAUUUUACUUCUGGAUUUUGUUUCGAGCGCACGGAGUUAUUUGGAAGAUGCAGAACUGGCAUGGGCAAAGGAAAAAGGGAAACGGUGCGCAAGGUAGUAGUAGUAGCAGAGUCGGAAAGCAUAAACGAGAGGGUUCGGAGUGUGCCUUGUAUUGGGGCCAUGGAAUGAAUAUUUGAUGGCGGGAAGAUGGCUCGCUGGCUCGCUGGCUGCCCAUACAUAUAUACGAGACGAAUAAAAGCAGCGAGCGAAUGAUUUGUGGUUCCCAUGCGCGACGACC